AUGUUGAUAAGCCUUGCCCGCGCCGCCUUCAAACAUGGACAAGUUGUGGUCGUCACGCAGUCGCGUGAAGUUGCUGAGGAAGUUGGUUUGCUGAAUGGGGCACGAACACGUGUAUCGCCACAGCAGAAGUGCAAUGUCAGCAAGUACAGAUGGAAUGAGAUACAAGCAUGCAGACUCCUGAAUUUGAACGCAACUGCAAAGCUGGAGGACUGGAGAAAGUCCCGCAAAACAAGGUGGUGGCGCAAGAUGUUACAUGCAUUCACGAGAACCACCAAGGAGUCGGAGGACACAGUCCAGAGAGCCUUAAAUGAAUCCCUCAAAGAGUUCAAGCAGGAUGAGGCUUGGGUGCAGGAGAAUUUGUGA